AUGUCGAAAAUUGCUACUGGCGAGAACAAAUGCAAGAAAUUGUUCCGCAAGCUUUUGAAAAAGCCGACUCAACCUCCACUUCAACCUCAGCCUCAACCUCAAUCUCAGCCUCAACCUGAGCCUCAACCUCAAUCUCAGCCUCAACCUCAACCCCAACCUCAGCCUCAACCUCAACCUCCAAAUCAAACUACGCAAUCAUUUCCUACUGGAAUCAAACAAUGGGUAUCCUGUAAAGAUGCCAAGAUCGAUAUUUGUUUCAUUCAUGGUCUGACAGGCAAUCGAGAUACCACGUGGACAGCCAAAGGACAAGAGGAGCCAUGGCCCCCGAAAUUACUACCGUCUGAGCUGGGGGACCUCAAGUUCAGGAUCAUUACCUUCGGUUACGAUGCGUACAUAGUGCGCAAAGGACACGCAUCCUCCAAUCAACUAACGGACCAUGCGGAUAAGUUCUUACAAACACUGACUAUGGAUCGCGAGAAGAACGAGGCAUUGGAAAGACCUCUUAUUAUCGUUGCACACAGCCUCGGUGGCCUCGUAACCAAGCAGGCUCUUCUAAAGUCCAGAAACAACCCAGAAGCGCAUCUGCAAAACAUGUACAACAUGACUGCGGGAAUCAUUUUCAUGGGGACACCUCAUACUGGGUCUUGGAUCGCCGAUUGGGCGAAGAUACCGGCCGAUGUCCUGGGAAUUCUGAAAUCAUCCAAUACUUCAUUGCUAAGAGUAUUACGCACCAAAGACGAGUUACUACAGAUCCUUAAUGAGGAUUUUCUGUUUCUGCUACGCAAUUUACGGGAAGGCCCUAAAGACGCAAAGAAGCUCAAUGUGACCUGUUUCUUUGAGGAAGUCGGAUAUACAAAGAUUGGAAAGAUUGUAUCCAAGCAGUCAGCUACAUUCGCAUCUGAUACGCCUAUCAGUGUUCACGCGAAUCAUAGUGACAUGGUCAAAUUUACCAGCGUCGAUGAUGACGGGUUUCAGAGCUUGGUAGGAGAACUGAGGAGGUGGACUAAGGCGCUUAGUGGGUUUACUAAGCACUCAGCCCCAUCUGCUGAAUCUUCCGACACUCGGCCACGUGAUGUUAUGGAGAUGGUGCUGAGGCUUGUCGGCCUUGCUGAAUCGCAAAGGAGUCGCAGUGCAAUGAGGCGAUGCCUAAGAAUCCUCAAUCUGGAAGACGAUGCAGCCACCCUCUUCAGUAUAAGGGAUGCGUCUAAUAAAGAAGAUAUUAAACGCAGAAGGAGUAUCGAGCACACCAUAAGAAAUGCUUACCGAGGGGCUAUUGGGAGAUGUCUCCAGUCGCUUGCGUUCGAUGCUAUGAUGGCUCGAGAAGAAGUCAUUCCUCAACCCGCGACUCAUACUUGCCUGUGGAUUUACGAGGAAUUAGAAUACCAGAGGUGGAUCUCCAAUGAGAAAUUAUUACUCUGGAUCAAAGGCCAUCCUGGGUCCGGGAAAUCUGUUCUCAUGAAGAGCAUUUUUAAAAGACGGCAAGAAGAGCUCGACGGCCUCUCAACAAUCCUGCUGAGAUUCUUUUUCAAUGCCCGCGGAUCGAGUAUGGAAAGAUCCAGCGAGGCUCUUUACAGAACGCUGUUGAGGAGUCUCAUGCUCGAGAGUGAUGUAUUGUCGUGCGAGAUAACGACAUCGUACCUGCUCAAGGAAUCUCGCGGCCGCAAUAUCCAGUGGAAAACAUCUGAGAUUGCAGAUAUGUUCCAUGAAAAGAUUGAAAGUUAUCAAGCAAAAGAUAUAGAGAUUCUGAUUGAUGCCCUCGACGAAUGCUCAUACACCGAAGUGCUUGAGGUUGUCAGACGAUUUGAAAGGUCGAUCGAUGUCCCGCGGAACGGUACAACAUUGAAAAUAUGCUGGAGUAGCCGUUUCUACCCAAACAUCAGUUUAGCCUCUGUUCACGGAGUCGAAUUGGUAAUCAAUAUCCACAAUACCAAAGAUAUCUGGAAACACGUUUGGAGCAUCCUUCCGAUGAAGUCGAGCAGGAAACUACAAGACAUUGGCGAAACCAUCAUUUCACGUGCGCAGGGCACGUUUUUGUGGGCUUCAUUGGUCACCAGCAAGUUGAAAAAAGCAUAUGAUGCUGGUAGUGGUUUGGAAGAACUGGAAGCAUUGCUAGCAGAUACCCCAAACGGCCUGACGGAGCUUUUCCUCGAAAUCUUCAACAGGCCUCAAUUUCAAGAAAAGCAAAGACAAGACCUUCGUAAAGUCGCUUCCCUUAUCCUUGGGGGAGUUCGUGCGUUCACGAUAGAUGAAUUGUACGCAGCCUUGUACCUGACGGUCUCAGAUCUUCCGGUAUCAUUCAGCGCCGUCACACUUGAAUCAGAUCGCGCGCAUCAAUUCAAGAAGAAGUUGACCCACAUUUCAGGAGGUUUGAUCGAGGUUGUUGUUAUUGACUCGCGAAAGGAAUCGAGGUCCAGGAGCACUGCAAGACACUGGCGCAGACGAAUACCAUGGGCUUCGCGUACCAGAGUCCAGGUAAUCCACGAAUCAGUACGGGAGUUCUUCCUAACAGAAGGCCUGACCAUUCUGGGUGCACGUUCGAAAGAGAGUUUCCUAGCCGAAUGCCAUUUACGUAUUCUCUGUGCGGGAUUCAAUGGUCUUGAUAUCCUACAUAAAGAGCUUCCUGUCAUGGCCCCAUUGGAUGACAGCAGCUCGAUGUCCAACUUUCACUUCAACUUUUCCAGAUAUACGACUCCUACCGAUAUAAGCGGCGACGAAGCCGAACAGUAUUGA